UGCCAAGUCUCACAGCUGCCAGGACCCCUGCAACCCGUUUGCAUCGACCUGGAGAACUGGGGACCUGGAUUCAAUGUUUUGACGCGACCGUCACUUUUUGCCCAGAACAGUGAGCGGACACACGAGACGUCGAGACGCAAGGAGGGAGCGGCUGUUCGCAUCUUACUAACCACCACUAUCAACAGGGGUCAACAACUAUAGACCGCCGUCGCCACGACAAUCCCGACAUGAACUUCUAAUCAACAUAGCUCUGACGAUAUUUACAGCUCUCAAAACACUGAGCGCAUCUUACCGCAUCGCCAACCAUCGCGAGACAGUUCCUCCGACCGAGUGUCGCCGCCCAUUGAGCGCCCAUUAUGUCCCUAACACCCGUCAGAUCGACGCCCACAAAGCAAAUCUCGUCCCCAUCCGCCUUUACAGAAAGCCCCGGCAACUGGAAACACCCUCGCCUGGCCGAGAUCACAGCGCGCCAAGCCAGAACCACCUUCUCCCAAAAGAACGUCCUGCAAAUCGUCUAUAAUGUCGUCGCAAUUGCCGGCGUUCAAGUCCUGAGAAGAUUUCUUCUUCCGCACCUCCCAAUAAGACUAGAAAAACUCCCCUACGGCUCUUACAUCCCCCUAACCCUCCUCCUAAUCCCCCUCUUCAACAUCCUCCUCGCCCUCCUCCCCUUAGUCCGCCCCAAGGACGACCUCUCCGACAUACCCCUCACCCCCGCCCAGCGCGACCUCCUCGGCCUCCCCCCCAUCAGAGCACCCCCCACCCCCGCCUCCGACAUCUCAACCCCCCCGAAAUACUCCCGCACUCCCUCCAUAGCUGGCUCCCCCUCCGGUUCUUACACCUCCUCUCCCUUGUCCAACCGCAGCACCCCCUUGGGGAAUUACUCACCCUCCCCGACCAAAGCCGCCAAUGUCGUCAGCCCUCUCCUGCAAAAGGCAACGCAAAAUACCGGGAGGAGGGGAAGCUUCAGCAAUAGUCUGAAUAGUUCUACCAUGAGCUUCGCGAGCAGCACGACGAGCAACAACAGCUUUGCGAGCUCGACGGGGAGUUUUGGGGAUAGUGUGAGGGAUAGUUAUCUGCAUACGCCGACGCCGGUGAAUGGGAAGAGGAGCAGUGUGGCGUUGAAUAGCAAGUGGUUGUAUGAGAGGGGGAGGAGGGGGAGUAGUAGCAGUUGGUUGAGGCAGGAUGGUUUCUGAGUGGCU